AGGAAGACGCAGUGGCAGAAUAUACUUAAUUUAGCUUGUGCUAUCGUGGAUUUUAUUUUAGAAAUCUUCCAGUAUCGAGUGGACCUGCUGUGAGAACCCUUUUCCCAGUAAUUGCACCUAAUUGGGUACAGCUCGGAGGACGCCCCGCCCACUUUCCUCUCUACCAUCACUGACCCCAUCUAAAAGUAUCGCGGCAAACAGCGCACGCUUCUCUGUCAACUCGGCAGAUGACAGAAAGAAUGAAUUAGGAUAUGAUGAGGAAUUACAUACCGAAUGCAUAAAGGGUGAUUGAAGAAGGAACUGUUCUCUGAGACUGAACUAAAAUCUACUUUCAAAGGUGAUCGAGUCCUAGAUUUGGUGGAGGUGCCUUCACUUUCUUCAGAGUUUUCCUGCUCAACACUGGACGGCCACCCCCUUUCAUGGCUGUUGUGUUAAGACGAUGGAGAGUCUUACUGGUGCUGAACGUACUUGCGGUCGGUGUCUUCAUAACAUUUUGGACCACAUGCAACACAAGAACUUUCCUGGCCAGUGAUCUGGACACUGGGGCUGAGGGGAAGAGGUUAAAGGGCAAUGGAACCACGUCAGACUCUGAAAUCAGCCAUGACCUGCUCCUAAACAGGCUCAGCUCACUUGAGGAUGUGGUGUAUAGGCAGCUCAAUGGACUAUCCAAAUCUCUAGGUCUGAUUGAGGGCUUUGGAGGUCGGGGGAAAGGUGGACUUCCUUCCACUCUGUCUCCAUUGGAGGAGAUUGAUGCCAAACCGCUGAGGGACAAGUACGGCUACAACGCCUACCUCAGUGACCGGAUCUCCCUGGACCGCAGCCUCCCAGAUCACCGGCCCAGUCAAUGUAAAACACUUAACUACCCCAGAGAUCUACCUCAGAUCUCUCUUAUCUUUAUCUUUGUGGACGAGGCCCUGUCAGUGAUUCUGCGCUCCGUUCAUUCAGCCGUCAACUACACGCCGGCCCAUUUGCUCAAAGAGAUUAUACUUGUGGAUGACAACAGCGAGGAUGAACAGCUGAAGGCUCCAUUGGAGGAGUAUGUGAACAAGCGGUAUCCAGGUCUGGUGAAAAUAGUGAGGAACCAGAAGAGAGAGGGUUUAAUCCGUGCCAGAAACGAAGGUUGGAAAGUGGCCACUGGAGAGGUGACUGGCUUCUUUGAUGCUCAUGUGGAGUUCACCCCAUACUGGGCUGAGCCAGUUCUGGCCCGAAUCAAAGAUGACCGCAGGAGGAUUAUCUUGCCAUCCAUCGACAACAUCAAACAUGACACGUUUGAGCUGGAGCGCUAUGAAAACUCUGGCCACGGGUACAACUGGGAGCUUUGGUGCAUGUACAUCAGCCCUCCCAAACAGUGGUGGGAUGAGGGGGACAUGACUGCUCCUAUCAGGAGUCCCGCUAUGAUUGGCUGCUCUUUUGUUGCUAACCGAGACUACUUUGGUGAGCUUGGCCUGCUGGACUCUGGCAUGGACGUCUAUGGAGGAGAGAACAUUGAGUUGGGCAUCAGGGUUUGGCUGUGUGGGGGCAGUAUGGAGGUGCUACCCUGCUCCAGAGUUGCCCACAUUGCCCGAUCGAAGAAACCCUAUCACAAUAACAUUGCAUUUCACACAAGACGCAAUGCUCUCCGGGUUGCAGAGGUCUGGAUGGACAAAUACAAGUCCAAUGUCUACCUGGCCUGGAAUAUACCCAUGGAGAACCAUGGCAUUGAUAUUGGAGACAUUUCUGAGAGAGUUGCACUAAGAGAACGACUACAGUGUAAAAACUUUGAGUGGUACCUGGAUAAUGUGUACCCUGAGAUGAGGAAGUACAGCAACACAGUGUUCUAUGGAGAGAUGCGUAACUCUGAAGCCAGCCACCUGUGCAUGGACCAAGGUUUAAAGGAGAACCACACAGUGACACUGCACCCCUGUCAUGGCUGGGGUCCUCAGUUAGGACGUUUUACCAAAGAGGGGCAGUUGUUCCUGGGAGCUCUGGGCAGUACAGGUGAUGACACCCGCUGUGUGGUAGAUGAUCAAACCAGCAGCGUUCCUCAGCUCCUCAACUGUGACAAAGUGACCAACCUCAAGCAGAAGACAUGGAACUUCUCACAGAAUUCUUCAGUGAUAAACCAGGCGUCUGGGCGCUGUCUUGAGGUGGUGCCGGCUAAAGUGUAUUUUGGACACCAGCUGGUCCUACAGUCGUGCAGAGGACAAAGAUGGACCAUCAAAAACACCAUGAAACAGACAUGAGCUCCCAAUGAACAGUUUUCCAAGUUGGACUUUGCUGUAGUCCUGGGUGGGUUUCGCAUGAGAACAUUCACCUCUUGUUUAGCAAGUUUUCAAAGUAAUGUUGCCAUGGAUUAUAUUGUGCCACAAACCAUAAUAUUUUUGUAAAAAAGCUCAUAAAUUCCCCCUUAACGAAAUUAUGCUGAAAUAUGUUCUGCAUUAUUUUAUGUGUGCUUAGUAAAUGUAUACAUGUAAGACAUUUGCACAUAUUUAUGUUUUAUCUGGAAAUACCCAAAGCAUUCUUACAUUUUUGUAGUAUUUGUUUUUUCAUUUGUUUUCUAACGGGGAAGUUUAGAUUUAUUUCUGGCUACUUUGAAACCCGAGGCCUACUGAAGUUGUCCUUUUUUACUCCAUGUUUUCUGUAGCACCAAAUGCAGUAAUUGUAGCAUGACUAACUGUAUGUAUGAACACAGGGACAUAUUGUGAAGGGAUUUUUCUGUUACAUGCUGAGUGCCAUUGAGGAUGCUGCAGAUGGCCAAAAACAAAUGAGCUGCAGCCUGAAGCACUUUUUGACAUGGAAAUGGUUUGAAUGGAUGAGAACUGUAUACAAAACAAAGGAGCCAAUUGCAGCUAACUGGGGCUA